AUGACCAUAGGUUCUGUUGGAGGGAUCUUCUGUACCUCGUGGAAAGGCGAUCUUGAUGCUUUAUCACUUGACAUGUAUCUAUUGCUAGCUUCUCUGUUUCAAAGGCGGCUAAUGGACCUCAUCCACAACUCACUGAUAUUGAGCGUUGGUUACCUCAAAUUACUUCAUGUUCAAGAACCUCUUCUGCAUAGCGAGGGCGGGGACCCUUUUCAACUUUUAGAUCACAAUGGUAUAAUAUCCCUUGAUAUGGAAAAAAGAGACAGCGCUAGGGGUUCUUCAAAGCUAUCGGAGAAGAAGCUAUUGGCAACCAAAAGCGUUCAAAUCUGGGUCAAUGUUCUAUCAGUAUUAGCACUAGCAAUUAAGAAGCAGUAA